AUAUGCAUUAUAUCAAGACAUCAUCAACACACCAAUUCUCUCCACAUUCCACAUUCCACAUUCCACAUUCCACAUCCACCUCUUGACAACCGAGCAUCAAUCUUCGGGUUUUUCAGGAGAGCCGACUUUCCGUCGAAGGAUCAAAUGGGUGAAAGCAUGGAUUUUGUUAAAUGGCUAGGGCAAGACAUGUCACUGAAGAUCUUUACGUCUUUGGAUGACCCCUUUGAUCUUAUUCGGACGAGUGCGGUUUCGCGGUCUUGGCGCGAGUUUGGGUGAGCUUGAUUUUACUUCAGUGAUUGGUAAUGGCCUAUGUAAGAUGCUUUGUUUGAGGAAGUGUCCGGAAGUGGCAAGUUUUGUCCGUGUUGUUGUAGUUGAACCUAGGGGAACAGGUGUGGGAGGUUCCGGUGAAUGGGAUUGUCUAGAGAGGGAGCACAGAGUGUAUGCACCCUUAGGUAGAGAGCUUAUCACUUCUGGCGGAGAAAGUUGCAUAACGGAAGCUGUCUGUGCGUCUAGUACGGAUCACUAUCCAGACGAAAGCGUCAAUAAUACUCUGGAACCAAGUGAUGGUCACGGGGCUUCGUAUUGGUCAAGCAAGGGUGCAACUGAUCCCUCUGCUUCAGAGACUUUGAUUUAUAAACUGGCUUCUCAGCUAUGUCUGGUCACCGAGUUACAUGUGCAUCCAUUUCAAGCAUAUUUUCAGUUUGGCUUCCCCAUAUAUUCACCCAUGGCUGUGAGGUUUCACAUGGGGUAUUCCAAGGAUCCUCUGGAGAUAGACAAUGAAGAAACAGAAUACCAUGAUGAAAUGUUUGUAUGGACAUAUAGCUCACCAGAAUUCCCAAUGGCUCAGGAAAAUUUAUUGCAAAAGUUUAAGCUUCCCAAACCCAUUCUUUGCAUUGGAGGAAUCCUUAAAGUGGAGCUGUUAGGAAGAUUGCAGACUCAAGAAACGGACGGAUUAUACUAUACAUGCAUCGAUCAUGUUCAAGCUAUUGGACUACCACUCUCCCCUGCAUUUGACGUGGAAAUGAUUGGCGACACAGGAAAAUGCACCCUCAAGUACAACCCCUCUGUAGACAUCUCAGAAACGGAGUCAAGUAGCCAUGGUGCAGGACCCCUAAUAGACGCCUACGACUCUGAUAAUGAGUAUCUCAAUUAGUCACAGUUUUCCUGAUUGAUAUACCAUCCAUCCUCAUAUGCUUUUCGUUUCGGUAUCUCAUAUCCUUUGACAUCUUUUGCUACUUAAAUAGGGAAUGAUUUACUGAUUCUGAUACACCAGAGUGUAUGGACACGAAAUGGUGUAAAAUACUAGGUCAUAUACUAUGUAAUUUUGAUUUUUUAUUACUUGGUAAGACCACUGACUAAUAUGUUUGUUUUGGACCUGGUGAUGAUCUGCUGGUUAGUGAUAUAACUCAAUUGGUAUACACUUGGAUGAAA